AUGGGUUGUUAUCCCUCAACCCCUCGAAUAACCAACAAGAAAAAUGUACCAUCCAAACGUACACAGAGUUUGGAUUCAGGUAUGUCCUCGUCUAAAGAUAUUCACAUCAAGGUUUUAUCAGAUAAACAAGUAUUUCAACAAAUUGUCAAUGGUAUUCAUCAAAUCUCGAAUCCCGCAGAUCUGGCUCCACAAGUCUGUGUUGGCGAUGGAGCGUUUCCUAUCGCCACUGCAGUUUUUAAGUUAGAAGAACCCGAUGGAAAUGAAAUUCGCUUACCAAUCAUAUCAUGUUCGACGAAAGGCAAUGGAUAUUGUGUAUGCGUAUCAUCAAUAGACUAUUUAAUCCAACAGAACUUCCAGAGCUACGACACAGCUCAAUUAUUCAAACAGAUAACGAAGACUAUUGCAGGACAGCAAAAAACAUUUUCACAGACAUAUUGCCUCGGCUUUUCUCGUUCAGAUAUUCGCGUAUAUAAAAGUUCUUUCGAAAGUAUGAGUUUAUUCGUCGAAGGUGGUGAAUUUCCGAACAACUUAUAUAACUAUUCGAUCAUCGUCCUUAACACGAGUUAUGUACUCUCACCAGAACAGAUGGACAUGCUCUACACUUACGUUUCUGAAGGCGGAAACGGUCUCAUAACUUUCUACAAUCCAGCCGACGACUCCCCAAACAUCAACGAUUUCCUGAUGAGGUUCGGCAUCAGGUUUACGAAUCUCGUGAAUAGUGACGAUAAUGAUGCUAUUGAUGUCGGACAAAACUAUGAUUUUACGAAAGACUUGACUUUCAAGGAAAUCAGCGAUAAAUACGAACAACUCAUUCAGACAGAAAAUAUAAAUCAGAACCAAUUGGACGAUCUCGUUUCCAGUCUUCGAAUUUAUGUUCUUGCAUGCGGCGACGAGAACACUCCAAGGCUAUCGCACCUGCUGGAUUGCUCUUGGGAUUACCUUAAGAGAACAAACUACAAAGUCGGAAAUACUCUAUUCCAAACACAACAGCAAGCAACAGUAUCAUUACUCAUUUUGGACCUUUUACAGAAAUUACCGCUCGAAUUACUAAAGCCUGUGGAUGGGUUUGAGAUAUUUCCGGGAGUUACUGGUGACGUCGAACUUCGUGAUUUUGAAAUUGAUCUCACAAUUAAUAGCCAGGAAUGGACAUCUACGGGCUUAUGGUUACCUGCUGGAGUUAUGGGUGAAAUUAUAAUAGAAAAUGUCCCACCAAGUACUUUCAUUCAGAUCGGAUGCCACAAUGAGAAGAAUCUGCCGAAGAAACUUCCUUGGGGACGUUGGCCGUCAACCCUCGUGACAGAACCAGUCAUCUCAGAGGAAACAAAGGUCGGUUCUCCAUACGGAGGCAUCGUAUAUCUGAUGAAUGGCGAAGAAGAAGAGCUUAUUAGCUACGAUAUACACGCGAAGUUCUGCAAUUUCUGCGAAUUCCCUCGUUUCGUGCUAGAAGCUGAUACUUGGACGGAUACAAAAGAUAUCGAAGUUCCUUGGGGCGAAAUCGAAACUUCAAACGUAAUUGUUACAAUGCCAAGCGAAAACCUUCGAAAGAUUGACGUCGAAGCCUUUGCGAAAAAGAUUGAUUCUCUUAUUUCUUGUAUUAAGAACUAUCUUGACAUAGAAUGGGAGUACAAGUUCCGCAUAAUAUUCGAUGUCAUGGUAGACCCCGGAGAACCUUCUAUUUCCUAUCCAAUUGCGUUUUCUACUUUAGAUAUCGAUCACGUGGUCGAAGGCUUCAAUUCUCCGAACAAGUACCUUUUCGAUCUUCUGGUGGGUGUUGCCGCAAGCAUCCUCCAGACCGCUUGGGUCGACGACGUAACAAAAAUGGCCAUAAGUUCAGUUGCAGCUUCAGCAGCUCUGACAAAGGUUUACCAAGGCUUCAGUCCGAUGCUGCUUGAAGACGUUGAACUUCCUCCUCUUUUCCACGAACUUUGGGAAAUUCACAUCAAAUGCGACGAAACUUUGUUCGCAAAGGUACUCGCAGCUAUCAGGGAAUCGGCAUUACAACAGAGCGAUGUCCCUGAAGACAUGUGGAUCUCUUUCGUUCGUACUUUGUCUCAAAUUGGAAAUAUCGACUUCUCAAACUUGCUCAGCCGCACAAAACCAAUUCCUCUGUCUGUUAUUAACUCAUUAAGGACUCUGUCCCCUUAUAAGAUGUAA